AAUUAUUCAAUAUCUAAAGUCCUAAAAGCCUACAGAAAAGUCGGAGCAGGCGUUAAAAUCGGUGCUGUAUUUACCGUCAUGUUGCAUGACUUAUCGAAGUGGAUAACCAAGCCUUAAACUCAACCACUUCAAAACACGUUUGUUUUCAGAAUUGGAUAACAGAAUUCUUUCUUCCUUAAUGACGAAUGACUUUGUACGAUAAUCUACUCGAGAACCUUCAGUCUUUUGUGUCUGAUUCUCGCAAAAAAAGCUUGGAAUUAAGAAAGCUUUCUGAAGCCUCCAUAGGAUAUCUACAUCAAUUCUGUAAUCUUCCUGAGGCGGAGUUAAUUCUAAACCUUCGACGAAAUGAGACAUUUCUACAACCAGUUUUUUAUGCGUGUAAUAAGGGUAUAGAAAGAUACAUACCAGCAUGUCUCUCUAUCAUCCAAUUACUCGUAAUGAUGGAUGCACUGCCAAUUUCAUCUUAUAAAUCUGUGUUUCAGAUCUUUGUUGCCGUUUGUAACAUUAAUUCUGAUUUUCAAAUUAAAGUGUUACAAAUUCUUCCUCUUAUUUGUUCCAAAAAUACAAACCUUGUUCGUGGCGAUACACUGAAAACAGCUAUUAGGGCGAGUUUUUUUCUCACGAAAUCUAAGAACGCUACCAUUUCUAAUGCCGCAGCUGCUACUUUACGACAGAUUUUUACUUCUGUGUUUGAUUGUGUCAGUGCCCAACAAAGUUUUGAGGAUGACGAGGCAUAUUCUAAUGAUGCAUUAAGUAUAUUUAAAGAUAUAUGCUUGCUUGUUGAUGGUCAGAAGCCAGUGUUCUUAAGCAUUGAUUAUUUACCUCAAACCUUUGGUCUCGAGUUGCUUGAAAGUAUUCUUGACAAUCAUAAGCGUAUCUUUGAAUGGUUUCCUUUCCAAGAUGCUAUUCGUGUAAACCUAUUGCCACUGAUUACUGCUAGCCUAGCAACGAUGGCAUCGUUUCCGAUUAUACUUCGUGUUGCGCGUGUCCUUACUAUAUUGUUCCGUCAACAAUCGGCGCUCUUAAUUGUGGAUUUUGAGGUUAUACUAAGUUUUCUCAAUCACAUUUUGGAUUCUGAUGAAACACAAUGGAAAAAGGCUCUCUUUCUUGAAGUUUUCCGCGUUGUAUUUUCCAAUGAUUCAUUUUUAAGGGAUACAUACCAGACUUUUGAUUACGCCCCCGGCAGAAAAUCGGUGAUUUCCGACUUGAUUACCACAUUUAGCCGGGUGAUCAAUGAAAAGCCAUCAAUCAUGGGAGUUGGUUCUGGAGUGAUAUAUUUCCAGGCUCCAGAGGAGCACAGUCGUUACAAUGACGAUCAGCUCUCUGUCUCAAUGGACAAGAUAACGGGAUCAUAUACAGGAAAAAAGGGUGAAUCUCAUAUAGGAAUAACACGGAUGACAAUACCUCGUGUCCCUUGUUUAGAGCAAUUGGACAAGCAGGAACCUCCGCUUAUUCCAGAUACUUACAUCCCUUUUCUCGCAAUGUGCUGUCUUGUUUUAAUCAAUGAUCGGAUUCACUGUUCUUUACAGGUCGUUACCAACAAAUUUGGAUAUUUAGAAGCUUCAAAACUGAUUAAAGAAACAGACAACGCUAAUGCGCAAAUUAAAUCUUUAAGCCCUGGGGAUGUUGAGCUUAUACGAGUGUUCAAAACAUUAAUUUCAGCCAACUGGACAGCCUUUUUGGCAUCUUUUUCGACCUUCCUUUCCGCAGCCCUUUCAUUUGAACUACUCGUUCUUUCUGUUAAUUCUUAUACGAAGUUUACAGUAAUAUGUUCUGUUUUAGGUUUGGACACACCUCGCGAUGCAUUGCUUACUACGCUAUGCAAUAAGGCCCUUCCAUCCAGCCUUAUUGCAAACAACGUACCUCAUUAUUCCUCUUCAAACUCCAACAUUUCUGGUAGACUUUCUACUUCUACGGUGUUUAGUGUAGAAGGUCUCAAAGAGGCAGCGACCACGAUUGCUGGCAUGGCAAGCUAUGAUUCUAGCCAUGAGGAUAAACAUAGAAGCUUCAAAAUUCACGAAGUCAUAUUCUUGAAAACUCUUGCAACAAUAUGCAGAGUUUGCGGCACACUGUUGGGUUCUUCCUGGAAACUCAUUUUCGAGGCAUGUGAUAAAGCCGAAAUCAUAUUCGGUCGCAUGCCAUCUUCAAAGAGCUUAAGUACGAGCAGUAUGAGCCAAGCACCUACCUCUACCUCUCGUUAUUAUUACGAAUCUAAAGAUGGGGCGGGCGUAAUCGAAAUGGAGAUACUGGCCUAUCGACGUGAGCUUUCUUCAGCGAUUACAUCCACUAAAGAGUAUGCUUCGGAUGCCUAUAUGUCUUUCCUGGAAACCCUUCUCGACUCCUUGACUAAUUCUUCUGUUGAUACUGCAGUACAGCCGACUCCAACGCGUCCGCAAAGAGGAAAGAAUGGUCCGCCUGGUUCUGGGCAUCAACGAAAUACUAGUAAAUCUUUAAUUACUGGUAUAAAGUUCUUAAGGCGGAGCUCUGAAACCCUUUAUUCAUUCCAUAUUCUUGAGUCUGUCUGUAAUUCAAACGUUGAACGUUUCUUCAAUGAAGAUGAUGAAAAAUCCGGAUGGACAAAAAUAUCUUCUACCUUAAGCAGCAUUUUUAAGGGGCCAACAGUUGCCGCAGAAUUAAAGAUACAAGCAGCAAAGACGCUCGCUUACGUUUUGGUUGAACUUUCUACAAGAAUAUCAACUACAAAAAUCGCCUUGAAUGUUGAGUUCCAACGGCGGUUUUUGGCAUCUUUGUAUUCACUUCAACCUACAGAGCUGACCAAGGAUAGCGAAGCAUCUUUAACUAAGACAACGGAUUAUGAGAUUUCUUGGAUAGGUGUUGAAGCUAUGAGUUCGGUGCUCGAAACAAACGGUCAACGGAUUAAUCAUGGAUGGCAUUAUAUAUUUGAGACACUGUCUUUCACGUGUCUUAAUGCGGUCAAUCUGUUUGGAACUGAAAAGGGCGCGCGUCUCAUUUGGCUUUCGUUUUCUUGCCUUCAGCUCAUUUGCACAGAUUUUUUGGAUUCUUUAAGCAUGAAAAACUAUUGUUAUUUAUUAGAGACUUUACCUCAGUACUGCAGGCAGUCUAUCGAUGUCAACGUUGCAUUGACUGGAGUUGGUUUAUUUUGGAACGUCUCCGAUACACUAAAAAACCUGUUUAAAGGUGAUGAUUUCGCUGAAAUAUAUUCCAACAGAGAGGAAAUAAUGGGGCUGGCAAGCUCAGAAUCAGAUGUCGUUUUACCAGAAGUUCUUUGGUUAAUACUCCUCAUUAGACUUGCAGAUCUUUGCGAAAACUCUUGGAGCGGCGUCCAGCAUGGAGCAGCGCAAAUUUUAUUUCGUAUUUUUAGUUCCCAUCGUUUAACGCUGGGCGUAAUUGCUUGGGCAUCUGUCAACAAUUUGGUCAUUUUACGUCUUAUUGACUCACCUGUUUUUGCAGCUCUUGAGGAGGAGUCUGAUACCGCAGAAACGGAAUCAAAAGCACAAACAGUGGCUUUAGUUUUGUCGGGUAUCUCAGAAGUAUAUGCGAAGAACAUGUCUGUCCUUAGACAUUCAGAUAAUUUUAUCUCGGUGUGGAGGAAGGUGAUGUCUUUCAUCAAUAAGCAUCAUCAAAACAAACUGAAUACCGUGUAUAUGAGCGCCUAUAAGUCUCUCAAGAUUAUCGCUGUCGCUUUAUCACAAUUAAAAGUGGAUGAAGCGAGUGAUAGUUUUGCACAGACUGUUCAGAUCUUUUAUGACACAUGGAAAGCGAUGGGUUCCGUAUCUUUUUAUGAAAGGGAGAAUUCUACUAUUCUGCAAGAAGCCUUAACACUCUUUGUGGAAGCUUUAUUAAACUUAAUUACAAUUCUCCCACUUUCGAUGGCGGAUACGAAAUUAAUUAUACACGAGCUCAAAAGCGCAUUAGUGUAUACUAAAAGUCCUUCUUAUUCUUUGGACGUUGACUUCUUGUCGCCGCUCCAACAGGUAUCGGUGAGAGUUGUUCAGGCUUUGCUUGAAACGAAGAGGUGGGACUCUUUUAUUAUUUCAUUCAUGGCAGAUCUUAUAAGUGAGGCAUUUUCAGAACAAAAGCUUUCAAAGAGUGAGCACCCCACUUUGAUCUGUAUAUCUAAACUAUUUUUUAAUUCUCUUCCUAGUGAUGCGCAGAAUAGUAUUGAAGAGCUUAUUGAGAAGCGGGUACUUGCUAAGGUAUUAAGCUCACUGCUUUUGCCCAUGCGCUGUAAGUAUCGUUGUCCGAAGGCGUCUCGUAUCAAUUCAGAAGAAAAACCGUUAUGGAUAAGUGCAACCCGCACAUUCUUAGACAUCGUUGAAUUAAUUAUGCAACGAAGAAAUUUGCUAGAUGACGAGAAAUCUGCUGAAUUGUUUGAACUUUCUGUGAAAGGCAUGUUAUACUGUAUUCAUCCUGAUGAUUCGUACUCGUUUGAAUGGUCUUUAAGCGAAGUGUAUGAAGACUUUGACUUAGAAAUGUUACAACGUCUGAAUUCUCUUUGGAGUCCUCUGUUACAUGCAUCUUGUCUGUCAAAACACAUACCAACUUACAUGUCCACGAUUGUAUCCGGUUCGAUGUUUUACCAGUACCAAGAAACAGGCAGUAUUCAGAUCAAAACAAUGAUGAACAGCGAACUCGGUUCGUUAUUAGCAAUGGACUUGCCUCCUUCCACUGAAUCCCUUAUACCGAAUCGUAGAGAACAAAUUGCCGUUUGUUGUCUAAAAGUACUCCAUAAGCUAUGUUAUCACGAACAUGGAGAAAUAGCGGACCUUGCUAAACAGACUAUUGAGAAGCGUAUAUGCUGCACUCUAAAAAAGUUUAUUGCCAAUCAGGAAAUUCGUGGAUCCAUGCCUUUUGUCAACUGUCAGGACCUUGAGCUUCGAAUGCUAUUUGACUGUGUGGACAAUCAAUGGAAUCUGUACUCUAAUGUCAUCAGAAAACUUUUCCGUCUAGCUUAUGUUGUUUCUCAGCGGACGAGAAUGCAAAACGAAGUGACUGGACGAAUUGGCGGAAUGCUUGUUCAGGACACUUUUGUAUGA